AUGCAGACAGCAGAUCUCAGUGGUAGAGCGUUCGAUUGCAGCUCGAAUGGUCGCUGGUUCAAUCCCGGUCUCGCGCUUGUUGUUGCUCUCACCAUUGCCCGCUUGUUCGUGUCGACUGUGUUUGUGAAGCGCGAUGGCUCAGUGGUAGAGCGUUCGAUUGCAGCUCGAAUGGUCGCUGGUUCAAUCCCGGUCUCGCGCUUGUUGUUGCUCUCAUCAUUGCCCGCUUGGUCGGAUGUUCUGCGAUUGUUGGGCUUCGAACGUCAAGAAGUGGUUGCAUUGCAGGACCCUCUCACCCUUGCUUUGCUUGUGGCUGUUGUCCACCGGUGGCCCAGUCGAUUCAGCAAUGCGCUCAAGCUCAGUGGUAGAGCGUUCGAUUGCAGCUCGAAUGGUCGCUGGUUCAAUCCCGGUCUCGCGCUUGUUGAUGCUCUCACCAUUGCGCGCUUGCUCAGUGGUAGAGCGUUCGAUUGCAGCUCGAAUGGUCGCUGGUUCAAUCCCGGUCUCGCGCUUGUUGAUGCUCUCACCAUUGCGCGCUUGCUCAGUGGUAGAGCGUUCGAUUGCAGCUCGAAUGGUCGCUGGUUCAAUCCCGGUCUCGCGCUUGUUGUUGCUCUCAUCAUUGCCCGCUUGCUCAGUGGUAGAGCGUUCGACUGCAGCUCGAAUGGUCGCUGGUUCAAUCCCGGUCUCGCGCUUGUUGAUGCUCUCACCAUUGCCCGCUUGCUCAGUGGUAGAGCGUUCGAUUGCAGCUCGAAUGGUCGCUGGUUCAAUCCCGGUCUCGCGCUUGUUGUUGCUCUCAUCAUUGCCCGCUUGCUCAGUGGUAGAGCGUUCGAUUGCAGCUCGAAUGGUCGCUGGUUCAAUCCCGGUCUCGCGCUUGUUGUUGCUCUCAUCAUUGCCCGCUUGCUCAGUUAA